UUCAACACUGUACAACUUCAGUGUUGACAUUCACUUAAGUGAAGAAUCUGAUAAAAGCAGGUCGAGUUGUCUCGUAAAAAUUAUUGUUUCGAAUAUACAAAAUAAAUUUACUGCGUAAAUUGGGUGAAAAAAAUGGGAAAGAAGAAUAAAUAUAAGAAUGAACCGCAGGAAGCUGCAGCUCCACCGCAGCCACAACAACAACAAGCUGCACCAGCUCGGCAAGGACAGCGAGCCGAGGGCGGCCGUGAUGGCGAAAGAGGCUGGCAAGCAGCUGGCCAACAACAACAGAGACAAGGACAAGCACAAGGUGGCCAGGGAUCGCAGCAAGGAGGAUGGGCACAAGCGGGUCAACAGCAACGUAGACCUGGUGCACAACAAGGCGGACAAGGUGGCUCCCAACAAGCUAAACCCCAAAGCGGUCAAACUCCACAGCAAGCGGGACAGCAGCAGCGUGGACCACAAAGUGGUCAACAGGGAGGCCAACAGGGUUAUCAGCAGCGUGGACCACAAGGUGGUCAACAGGGAGGCCAACAAGGUGGCGGUUAUCAGCAGCGUGGACCACAAAGUGGUCAACAGGGUGGCGGUUAUCAGCAGCGUGGACCACAAGGAGGCCAGCAAGGUGCUGGAUAUCAACAACGUGGACCACAGGGUGGUCAACAGGGAGGCCAACAAGGUGGCGGUUAUCAGCAGCGUGGACCACAAGGAGGCCAGCAAGGUGCUGGAUAUCAACAACGUGGACCACAAGGUGGUCAACAGGGAGGCCAACAAGGUGGCGGUUAUCAGCAGCGUGGACCACAAGGUGGUCAACAAGGUGCUGGAUAUCAGCAGCGUGGUCCACCGUCUUCCGCUGGCAGUACUGCUGUACAAGUUCCACAGGACGGACCCAUUAAACGUGGCACAUUGGGCAGACCCGGCACUUGUGCUGUCAACUAUUUGGAUCUUGACUUAAGCAAAAUGCCCGAUACAGCUUUUCAUUAUGACGUGACCAUAGUGCCCGAUCGUCCCAAAAAGUUCUACAGGCAGGCUUUUGACGUGUUUCGCACGCAAUAUCUGAAAAAUGCGAUUGCCGCUUUCGAUGGUCGUAAAUCUUGCUACGCUGUGGAUAAACUAACGACUCCAAUUGACGGCAAAGUAGAGGUGAUAGAUCGUUAUGGCCGUACCGUUCAUUACACCAUUACAAUCAAGGAAACCGAUAACAGCGUUGUAGAUCUUAGCUCACUGCGCAGUUAUAUGAAAGACAAGAUCUAUGACAAGCCCAUGCGUGCCAUGCAGUGUCUGGAGGUGGUUCUGGCUGAGCCCUGCAAUAAGAAUGCCAUACGUGCUGGACGUUCGUUUUUUAUGAAAUCUGGCAAUGGACCACCUGUUGAGCUGCGAGAUGGCUAUGAGGCAUUGGUCGGUCUCUAUCAGAGUUUUGUGCUGGGCGACAAACCCUUUGUGAAUGUCGAUGUCUCUCACAAGUCGUUUCCUAUGUCAAUGCCAGUGAUUGAUUACAUGGUGAACCAUAAUCGUAUCCGUAUGGACGACAUACGGAGCGGCAAUUGUAAUAAUAAUUUGUGGAACGUCUUGUCGUUUUUGAAAGGCAUUAAUAUCGUCUAUGAGCCACCAAAAAGCUUUGCAUCGACACCGCGUGCAUAUAAGGUGAAUGGCUUUUCGCAGCAGCCACCAAAAAUGUUGAAAUUUGAGUCAGACGGCAAGGUUAUAACUGUUGAGGAAUAUUUUGCAUCGCGCGGCUACAAAUUGCAGUAUCCCAAUCUAUAUUGUCUGCAUGUCGGACCACCGGCCAAAAACAUUUAUUUGCCUGCGGAGUUGUGCCGCAUUGAGGAGGGGCAAGCAUUAAACCGCAAAGACGGCGCAAAUCAGGUGUCGGCAAUGAUCAAGUUUGCGGCCACAUCGACCAAUGUGCGCAAACAAAAAAUUAUGGACCUAUUGAAGCACUUUAAUCAUAAUGCUGAUCCCUCAGUCAGUAGAUUUGGAAUACGUAUUACCAAUGAUUUCAUUACGGUCGCCUCACGUCUGUUGAUGGCACCCCAGUUGGAAUACAAUGGUAAAAUUCAGAGCCCAUCGAACGGUUCAUGGUACAUGAAUAGAUGCCAAUUUCUAAAAACCCACGAGAAGCAGCACAAGUGGUCGAUUAUGGAUUGCGACAAAUCCAGAAUACAAUAUGGCUUACUCGAAGAGUUUGCCUCAUUGGUUUUACAACAAAGUAGAAACGUUAACGUACGUCUCGAGGCGAAACCCGAUAUACGCAAAUUUCGAGAUGAACGACAUUUGGAUGAACAAUUUAAGGACUUAAAGAGCAAAAACUUUGAUUUGGUGUUUGUCAUCAUUCCAAACUAUGGCCCACAGUACGAGGUGAUUAAACAGAAGGCCGAACUGCAAUAUGGCCUUUUAACGCAGUGUAUCAAGCAAAACAGCAUUGAACGUCGCUUGAAUGCCCAAUUGGUGGACAAUGUGCUAUUGAAGGUCAAUUCAAAGCUGAACGGCAUAAAUCACAAGAUCAAGGAUGAUCCCCGCAUAAUGCUGGCGAAUGUUAUGUAUUUGGGUGCUGAUGUCACACAUCCGUCACCCGAUCAACGUGAUAUACCCAGUGUGGUUGGGGUUGCUGGAUCCCAUGAUCCGUAUGGCGCCUCGUACAACAUGCAAUAUAGAUUGCAAACUAGCGGCACUGGCGGUGCUCGUGAAGAAAUUGAAGAUAUGGAAUCUAUUGUAACCGAACAUUUGCGUGUGUAUAAGCAGUAUCGUGGAACUUAUCCGGAACAUAUAAUUUAUUAUCGUGACGGUGUUAGCGAUGGGCAAUUUAAGAAAAUCGAAAACAUCGAAUUGAGGGCCAUUGAGGUGGCAUGUCGUAAGUUGCAAAACAAUUACACACCAAAGAUCUGCUGUGUGAUUGUGGUGAAGCGUCAUCACACACGCUUUCCUGUAACGGCACCGCAUCCGAGAAAUAAAUUUAACAAUGUUGACCCAGGCACAAUUAUCGAUCGUACCAUUGUGCAUCCGAAUGAAAUGCAAUUUUUUAUGGUCAGUCAUCAGUCCAUCCAGGGCACAGCCAAGCCGACGCGCUACAAUGUCAUUAAGAAUACUGGCAACUUGGACAUUGAUUUGCUGCAACAAUUGACAUAUAACUUGUGUCAUUUGUUUCCACGCUGCAAUCGUUCUGUCUCAUAUCCGGCGCCAGCUUAUUUGGCACAUUUGGCUGCCGCACGCGGACGUGUUUACAUCUUCAACGCUCGUCUAACGCGUUCACUGAAGGAGGAAUACCUGAAGCGCUUGAUUGUUCCAGCAUUUCUGAAAUCCAAUCCAAUGUAUUUCGUUUAGAGAAAUGCAAAUACCACUAUAAUUUUUCAAUAUGCAAACUCAACUGAAACAGAAAUUCAAACGCCUUUCAAGACGAAUAACGAAAAUGACUUGAUAGGAUUAAUUAUAUUUAUUGGAUUUCAUUUUUAUUAUUAUCACAUUUUUAAACUAUAUAUAUUACACAAUUAUAACGCGCACUUUUAACUCCCAUGCUGGUUCUAGGUACGGCUUUGAUUUGAGAUUUUAAAGUCUGUACAUGAACUUUGCGCACAACCUAAAACCAACAUUUAAUUUCUGUUCGCUCUGUUUAGAAGAACUUAGGUAUAUGGGAAUUAAAUACAUAAACGAAAAAUAUAUUAAUCAAUAAAAAAUAAUAAAGCAACUGCCUGCCAUGGUUGACCGCAACAAA